GUCAAUGUCAACUUCAACUCAUUACGAAUACGAAUGUCGAUUUCAAGUUUAUCCAUCCCUAAUUAAAAAUAAAAUUUGGCCAAGUUUUAAAAUAAAUUAGAAAAUUACUAGACUCUAGUGGCAUAUUAAAAGAGUAUAUAGCGUAAAUUUUCCUAGCUGGUAUCGAAGUUUUUUUGAAUCGCUCGCGACAAUAAACGAGCGCUCUAGUCCUAAUUUCUACCCCUUACCCUUUUGGAACACCGACAAUGAGUUCACCUGUGUAUACCGAAGAGGAACUAGGCAAAAAAUGGGACAAAUGUGUUUCCGAUACCGUUAUCAAAUUUGGCGGAGGAAUUGUCUUGGGCUCACUAUUUUCCCUAUUAUUUUUCAAGAGAAAGGGAUGGCCAAUCUUGAUGGGAGGUGGCUUCGGCAUCGGAAUGGCCUAUUCUAACUGUGAAAAUGACCUGAACGCCACAAUACGUAGCGGCGCAUCCAGUAGACCCAUUUCCCAGUGAAUUUAGUUUAAAAAAAUUCACUAUGCUAUUGGUUUCUAGUGCUAUUAGUACUGUUCUACUAUUUUUUUUUGGGAUUCACUCCCACAAUGUAUA